CACACAGGCAAAGCGAUACAAGAGGCUGCAAGGAGCGGGGAGGAAGCUUGCUAUUGACAGUGUCCUUAAGCCUCCCACAAAUAACAGCCAUUAGUGGGAAGGUCAGGAGCUGAGCAGGCAGCUUGACUGAGGCACUGAGUGCCACUUCAGAAAUCAAGAGGCUAGCAAAUUUUAGAGGGAGUUUAAGUGGGUAAUAGCUAGCUGUAAAGGUACAGUCACUGUUGACAAUUGACUCAUAGGGUUUUUCUGCCUCCCCCCCUCCAGAAUAUUUUUAUUGACCACAGGUGGACUUAAUAUAUUUUAAGGCAACAAUUCUUCGGGUUCUUGUUUGUUUCUCUUCAGAUAUUGAAUUUGCUGCUUUUGAGACUUUUUUGUGCUUAAUGGUGGUGAACCAGAGGGAAGUUUAACAGAAAAGCUUUCAGGAGAUGGCGGUUCUAGAGGGGAAGGCACAUUUGUGUCAACAUAGUGCACGUUUUCUCAUCUUUUCUCAUUGUCCACUAAUGACACCCAGCUGCCAUUGAAGCUCUUUUCUGUUUCUUUUGUUGUUUCAGAGAGUAAGGUUUAUUGUUAUUCUUGAGUUAAGAAGGAGCAAGGAGAGUGGUACAUUUGUCCUCGGUAUUUGUAGGUGGUUGAAGAUUAAUGUGCCUUACAUUUUAAGUUUAGGAAGGAUGGCUUUUUCCUGCUGACUACUUUUAUGAGAUGACAUGAAUUUACCUUUCCAUUUUGGAGUUACUGUUUAUGUACAGUGCAUUUUGUUCAGUUCUGCUUUUCCAUAAAUAAGGUAGAUAAAUACGGUCUAAUAAAUAGAUGUUUUGUUUUAAAACUGGGUUUAAUUAAAAAUACGACAUGCUAUCGAGGUUAUAUUUCAUCAGGCUGGAAAAUGUUAUAGAAUUUUUCUAUAGAGAUCUUGAAUGAAAAAGUGGAAUUUUUAUAUUCAUUACUUUUUGCCUGAAAUGGGACAGGCUUUUUUUCUUCAUCUUUUUCUUUUUUAUGAUUUGAAAGGAUAUUGUAGAAGCUUCAUCCAGGAACUUUAACAAAGGAUUUUUUUUUUUUCUACUUACUGAGCUUUCAGAAAAGGUACACUUUUUUCCUUUUCCAUUCAGUUUCUUAUUGUUUAACAUCCAAUUGAGUAAUUAAUGCCCCGAGGGAACUGUAUUGUAAAUAGUGUGUAUUUAUUUUGCAAAUGUUUAUUGUGCAUCUUCUAUGUUCAAAAACCUGCUAGGUUUAUUUAUAUACUUUUUAGAGUGUAAGGUCACAUCACUAUGUAUAUUAUUUUCUCCAGGAGUUUAUAUGUGAUUAUAAAUAGCCCAGCACAUACUAUUUCUUUUAGGAGCUAACAUUUAGACAACACCUAAGCCAACUUCACAUUCUCUUACAGCUGAGUAUUUCUCUUUCUUCCAGUGUAAUUAGGGGGAAAAAAAUGUUUUCAAGCCUAGCAGUCUACAAAUGUUUAAGCAAAGACUAAUGUCAGAUACUGCAUGCUAUACCCGAAAGCAUUGUUGGGGAAAAUUCCCUGGGAAGGGCCCCAGCCUCUCCCUGCCCCGUGGACCGUCCCCGAUUCCCGUGCUGGCUGAAGUGUGCAUGAGUGUGUCUCUCUCCCCGUGUGUCUGGAGAGGGGUUAGAGCAGGGUGUCAUUCGGUGCCUGACAGUGGAACAGUGCAGUUGACUCUCAGCUCUCCCAUCCAAUGACAUGCAGUGGCUGAGAGUUUGAAGCUGAUGGUUGGGUCUCCAGUGCUGCCUGCACACCUGACCGGCAGCUGUUAAACCGAGCGAAGGCAAGCUCAGGGAGUCACAAUCUAUGCAUAAAUGAUAGGGGUGUCUGUGUAGAAGGUGCAAAAGAAGCUCUGACCCCCUCCUUCCCCCCAAUCUCCCCCUUCCCAAAUGAAAUGCACAGUUCAGCCAGCUUCUUAACUACACUACACUCCUGCUACUGGCUGCCAAGAGGCUCAAAAAUCCACCUUCACUUUUCAGUCAGAAGAGGCAGAAGUGGAUGUGAGAGAAAGAGAGACACUGAGAGACAGAGAGCCAAAGAGGGCAAGAGACUUGACUUUAAGAGACUCCUGUACUGACAACUCCAUGCAGUUCGGAACCAGAACGACUCCGGCUGAACCAGGGUUCAUGGGGACAUGGCAAAACGCUGAUACUAACCUCUUAUUCAGAAUGUCCCAACAGGUCCCAGUGGCAUGUGCUGGCAGAGUGCUGGGUGCAGACUUCUGCCCAAACCUGGAGGAGCCAGACCAGAGGCUGGAAGUCCAGGCCAUCCGCUGCACGCUGGUGAACUGCACAUGUGAGUGUUUCCAGCCGGGGAAGAUUAACCUGAGGACUUGCGACCAGUGUAAACAUGGCUGGGUGGCACACGCCUUGGACAAGCUCAGCACGCAGCACCUGUACCACCCCACGCAGGUGGAGAUCGUGCAGUCCAACGUGGUGUUCGACAUCAGCAGUCUGAUGCUCUACGGCACGCAGGCAGUGCCCGUGCGGCUCAAGAUCCUGCUGGACCGUCUGUUCAGCGUCCUGAAGCAAGAGGAGGUGCUCCACAUCCUGCAUGGCCUGGGCUGGACGCUGCGCGACUAUGUCCGGGGGUACAUCCUUCAGGUAGGGGGAGGUGUAGAAAUGGAGACCCAGCCCCCCAUAACUUCCAGUAACUGGCUUCUCCUUUCUUUUAUCUCCGCCCUCUCCUUUUUCUGUCUGCCUUCCCGCUGCCCCUGGACCUCCGGCGGGACCACCACAGCCUUGGACAAGCUCAGCACGCAGCACCUGUACCACCCCACGCAGGUGGAGAUCGUGCAGUCCAACGUGGUGUUCGACAUCAGCAGUCUGAUGCUCUACGGCACGCAGGCAGUGCCCGUGCGGCUCAAGAUCCUGCUGGACCGUCUGUUCAGCGUCCUGAAGCAAGAGGAGGUGCUCCACAUCCUGCAUGGCCUGGGCUGGACGCUGCGCGACUAUGUCCGGGGGUACAUCCUUCAGGUAGGGGGAGGUGCCGGGGCGGUGUCUGGGGCCAGCUGGAGGAGGGCUGGGGUAGGAGCCCUGGGCCAGUCCUGCCCUCCCUCCCACCCCCUGCAGGCCCAGGCAUGCAUGCCCCAUUCUGGUUAA